UAAAUUUAGAUUACAUCAUACUUAUAAUAAACAUCAUGUUACGUCAAAAGUUGUGAAUAUUCCUUUAUCUCGAACAUACCUAGAAAUAAAUUGCAAUGGAAGACGUAGGUUCUAAUUUAGACCUAAUUAGUGUAUUGUUACUUACGAAUCUUAUAAGAAUCUUAGUAUCUUUUACAAUAUACAAUGUAAUAUGGAAUCAUGUCAAGAAAAAUAAAUCUUUAUAUUCCUUUGCUGACAUUUCCAACAUCGACAAAGUAGUUCCAUGGAAAUAAAAGGAAGAUGAAACUUCAGGAGCAAUUAUGAUUUUUAUUGUACAAAGUCCUUUGCUAGUAAAAUGGGUAACCAAAAAAUCCCACAUCUACAAGAAACGGUUGUGGUAACCAAGUGGUUGCGUGCUCGUUCGAACUGCUGAAUCUCGGGUUCGAUUACAAAUCCCGGCGUUAUAUCAAACGUAGGAAGAUUUAACAUAGACAGUGCCUAUUUCUCCACCAAACAUCCGGUAUUAGUGGUAACAGUCACUGGACUUUCGAGUAUGACCUUAAAAUGGAGGCCUCGUUUCACGGUAGGCGUUGGAAUGACAAAGAACCCUCAUCAACUGUGCUAUGGUUAUAAACGUCAUACAUAGGUCAGCUUUGUUGCAACUCAACAACAAUCGGUGACAUCUAGGUGUGAGUGAAAAACCAACAGAUGGGACGUAAAUCAACACUGAAUUUUUAUAAAGAAAAACAUUAUGAAAGGUUUGUACUUUCAAGACCCUGUUAUAUUUUGAAGGUAUAAGUAUUUCCAACAUGGCUGCACAGUUUAUAAUAACAUGUGGACACUGUGACAAUCCAACAGAAUGUUUUUGUAAUCCUUGUCAAACAAGACUGUGUACAAAAUGCGUUACCAUCCAUCUCCAACAACAGACAGAAGAGGGACACGAAAUUGUCUGCAGCGCAAAGAAAAAGAACAAGUAUACGUCACAGAAAUGCAAGACCCAUGCAGACGUUGAAUGUCACGUGUUCUGCAGAACUUGUGACCUUCCAAUUUGCUCGAAAUGUGUCACUGGAAAGCACAAACCUCAUGCCAUGACAGAUCUCGAGGAGAAAAUUGAAAAAUUGUCGCAUACUUUGGAUCAAGAGCAAUGGGAAUUAAGAUAUACAAUCAGACCGUUAUAUAAGAAAAUCAUCGAACAGAUCCGAUUCCGCAUCUUCACUGUAAGGAAACAUUAUAGGUCCCUUUCUGAUGUUGUGGGGCACUGUGGAGUGAAAUGGCAUCAAAUAGUGGAUGAAAUAAUCACUGAUCUGAAAAAUGAACUGAUGCAGAUGGAAAUUGAUCAAUUGAAAUUACUUGAGAGAGAAGAACUCAUGUUUGAAGAAAUCGUUGGCCAAAUAGAUACUACAAUCAGUGGUAAUUCUGAUCUAAGUGCGUCGAAGAAUCGAGCAAAGUUGUUGCAAUACAGGUCCGAGAUAAAAAGCUACAGGAUAGUUCCUCCUCUCACGGAUUUUCUGCCUUCAGAAUAUGAAGUCAAAAUGCCCGCAAAAGAAAAGUUAAGAGUUCAUAUGGGGGAUUUGAAACGAUAUGAAGCCUUUGACUUGCCCGGGUACAGAAUUUCGAUGGAGCCACCUCAGAAGAUAUCCAAAUGUUUCAUCAAACAACCAAUGUUGAUUUCGCAGAUCCAGACACAUUUCCCAGCAGACGAUCAAGGAAACAGGAUAUAUGAUAUUGUGUCUGCAAGUCAUGGACGACUCUGGGCUACGGGGUUCUGCAGGACUAUGAAAUUCUUCAACACCGGUGGGCGUUGCAUUGACUCCUUCACAGUGGGUCACAAAAGUUCGUACAUAGCUCUGAUACCGGAUGGGGUACUUGCUUACAGCGACCAGUCGGAUAACACGAUCAAAAAGAUAGCGUCUGAUGGUACUGUGCAAACUCUGAUCGAGUUAAAGGAUUGGGUCCCAAAGGGAUUGGCAAGCUCCGAAUGGGAAGACGGGCAACAAAUAUUGGUGUGUCUCCACCACAAGGAGAACCAUAAGGUUUUAAGACUCAAUUCCAAGGGAAACCCGGAACAGGAGUUUCUUUAUCCCAACGAGCACCAUCCACUAUACAUUGCCGUGAAUAGAAACCGAGACAUAUGCACGACAGACCAUCGACAAAACUCGGUUGCUGUUAUCGAUAAAAAUGGAUAUCCUCGAUUUAUCUAUAAAGGCAAUCCGGAAUCCGGAAAAUGCAAGUCAUUUCAACCGAUCUCCAUUGCAACGGACUCGUUAUGUAACAUUCUUGUUACUGACUGGGCAAAUCACUUCAUUCACGUGCUUAGUGGUGACGGUGUGUUUCUUCGAUAUAUCACGCUGCUGCAGCGUGUCAAAGAACCACGUGGACUCUGUGUCAUGGGUGACGGUUUACUCUGUAUCGGAGAAUGCGCAUCUGGAAUCAUCAAGAUAUUCAGAUACCUGAAAAUCUAAAUCGGUUUGACACAAAGAAAGACAACUCUUGUAUGUAGUUAUCCUGUAUAAAAUGAAUUGUUUAUGAAAUAUGUGAUAUCAGGGGUACACUGAUUUAAUACACAAAGAAACAUUAUUUUAUUACAUAGUCUCAUAAAUUUUGACCAGGUUCAUAGCUUGGCCUAUAAAGGUAAGGGGUUAGUUCUAAAAGAAAUUUAAUACAGGUAAUUAAUUCAAAUGUUGUUCAUAGGUCUAAAUUCAGAAACUUUAUCCAGAAGAUAUUGCAACAGGUCAGUAAGAAUAUUCUGGUUACGCAGACUAGUUAAAUUUCGCAAUUCAAACUUGUAAAUUGGUGUGUGACGAAAAUGCGUGUAAUUUUCCUUUAAAGUCAGAUGAGCAUCACCAUGGUUUGUACAACAGACAAACACACAACGGUCUCUGCAAUACUGAAGGUGUCGCAAAAUGUUGACUGUCACUUGAACAUCCAUUUGUAAUUCUUCGUCUUCUCCCGUCGGUGUCAUGCGCACACUAGGAAUGAUUAUGAAUGCAUCAUUUGAAUGAAUCAAGGCAUCGUAGUCAUCAUUGUUUAAAUAAGAAUAUUCUGGGUUCUGUGAAUUCACAACUGUCAAUCUGCACCGGUCCUCUAGCUGUCUUUUAAAACUUGCAGUAAAUGAGGUACAUGUAGUUAAUGGUUGGACCUCGGUACUUGGGUGUCCUGAAUUUUCUGAGAGGUCCAGUACAAGGACUUUGAGAUCUGUAAAUAGGGAUAUCACUUAUUCCCAAUCUGAUUAACAUUUAUUCCAUUAUUAUAACGCCGUCAAUCUAUAUACCCCCCCCUCUCUCUCUCUCUCUCUCUCUCUCUCUCUCUCUCUCUCUCUCUCUCUCUCUCCUGUACUAUUUUCAUUAUAAAUCAGGGACGGAUCCAAACAUUUUUGAAAGAGGAGGGAUCUUUCAUUACUUUCGGUUUUCAAUGGUUUUCAAAGGGGGGGGGGUGUUUUUACCCUUUUUACUUGUAAGCAAAUUUAUCUGACGAAAGAGGGGAGGGGAGGGGGGGUUCCUACCCCCGGUACCCCCCCCCCCUCUGGAUCCGCCAAUGCAAAUGUAUUACGGAAAAUGUAUAAUGUGAUGAUUGAAACUCUUUUGCAUGUAUAUGUGAAUAUACGGUAUAAUGUAUGGUGCAUUAAUUUAGUAUGCUGGUGGAAGUGGAAUUAAAAAUCAGAUAACUUACCUGUA